GGUGAUCUGAUAAGAUGUGAGACACCUUGAGCUACACAUUAUCUGUUUCACUUUGAAGAAGAUUCAGGAUGUCUGAUUCCACCUCCGUUAUGGAGUUUAGUGGGACGCAUCAAGCUUUCCGAGACCGCUGGGCAAAGACAGAUAACGAGAUGUGCAAGCACAGCAUGUCUUUCCACUUGCACAAUACGCUGAGGAAGGAGUUCUUCGCCAGUUACCUGUACCUCCUGGAACAGAUUCCUCUGGUGAAACUCUAUGCUGUGACUUGUGAGUACAUUAAAGGGGAGAAGCAGUUUUACUACAGGGCACAAAACUUCUACAAGGAUGUCCCGGCAUCAGAGGAGGGCAUGAUGGGAGAUUUUGUGGAGAUAUCGGAGAUUGACCUUGAAGGCUCAAGACAGUUCCUGAAGAAGUUUGUUGGUCCAGGAAAGGCUGGCACCAAGCGAGCACUGGACUGUGGCUGUGGAAUCGGGAGGGUGUCUAAAGGAGUUCUGUUUCCUGUGUUUGAAUCCAUGGAGAUGCUUGACAUGAUGGAAGAGUUCAUCCUCCAUGCUCAUGAGUGUUACCUCGGAGAUUACGCAGACAGAGUUGAUGCAUACUACCUUUACAAUCUGCAGGAAUUCAUCCCACCUAAAAAGAGAUACGAUGUCAUCUGGCUGCAGUGGGUUGCCUGUCAUCUUACUGAUAAGGACCUGACGGAGUUUUUAAUGCAUGCUAAGCAGAGCCUGAGGCCGAAUGGUGUGAUCAUCAUCAAGGAUAACAUGGCGCGGCAGGGCUGCAAGCUGGAUCCCAUUGACAGCAGCAUUAUUCGCCAUCUGGACAUCAUGAAGAACAUCAUUCAGACUGCAGGCCUCACCAUACUGGACGUGGAAAAGCAAGAAGGCUUUCCUGAGGUCAUUGUGCCUGUAUGGAUGAUCGCCAUGCACUAAAGCAGAGUAUUUUUUUUAGAUGAAUGUGUUGCACCUAUGUAUAGUAUAUAAUAUAAAUGCAUAAAAUUAUAUAUUUUUUUAAUUCCAUUUACCAGCUGACCUGUAGUAAUUUCAGUGUAAGGAAUCAGUGUUUUUUUAUUUUUUGUGAUCUUUCCAGUAACUUUUGCAGUUUCGGAAAGCAAUUGAAGCAGGCUAUUUUGUUUCUACUUCAUAAACAUCUACGGUUAAGAUCACGUAUGUAGAAGUGCAAAUGUGUUAUUUUGGCUUUGACAGAAAUCUGUGGUGUAGAUUUAUAUAUAUAUAUAUAUUUCCAUUUUUGUUGAAAUGUAAUAAAUAGAUGUAUAUAAUUGUAUCACCCUUUUCAAAAGAUGUAGUAUUUUGUACAUUUAUUGUAGUAUCAUAAAGAAAAAUAAAUUAUUUAUUUAUUUUUUACAAGAAAAUAAUGCUGUAACUGAAAGAAUUGUGUCAUUAUAGUCUCCUUCUUUUUGUUAUUUAGAGUACAAAAUGUUAAUCAUUCU